AUGCGAGAAUCAGAAUUGAUGGUCUUCGUGUGCUUAGACUUUGAAUGAUUCCAUGUUGUUCUAUGGACAUCGCAAAAUCGCAAUACAAUCUUAUCAUGGUUGGCCUGAGCGUUGGAAGGAUUGUACCUCUCGCACUUUUGGUCCUAGUUAGGGCACACAGAUGCGCCUACCAGGCACCCACAAUAUACAAAGCUAUCUUACCCCAGAUUGUGAGCUCACGAGUACUGCGUAGGUCAAGUCAACUUCAAUCCAAAUCCCCAAUGUUUUCAUCAUUGCGACAAUCUCUUCGCCUCACCGGAUUCGCACAAAAGGCCUCGCCUCUAAGUCGACAAGCAUCGACAUGGCAGACAUUGGGAGCCAAUGAAUCGCAAACGAUCACACUCCCGGACGAUCGCACGUUAGGGUUUGCGACCUACGGACCAGAAGAUGGAGAUCCUGUGUUCUACUUCCACGGACUUCCAGGAUCGCGCAUCGAUGCUCGGCGCCUAGAGGGUCUGGACGAGAGCAAGACGCUAAGGUUCAUCGGAAUCGAUAGACCAGGCAUAGGUCUUUCGACUCCGAAAGAGGGACGCACAUUGAUGGACUGGCCUUCAGACGUCACAAGUCUGGCCGAACAUCUCGGAAUCGAUCAGUUCAAAGUCAUCGGUGAGAGCGGCGGCGGGCCGUAUGCUCUGUCUUGUGCCCGCGCUCUCUCUAAAGACAGAUUGAAGGCGACGGGAGUGCUUUAUGGCGGCGCACCUCUGGAAGCUGGACGAACGGGAAUGAAUUGGUCGCAGGCUAUCGGGUGGUACAUUGCACCCAGGUCCAGAUGGCUUCUGCGAACGCUGUCCCAGCCGUACUUUGGCAAAGCUGCCCAGGACCCUGAUCCAAAAGCCAUGGAAGACUUGAUACGCAGAGUCUUUUUCAGGGGCCUACGAGAAGAUGAGCUUGAGCUCCUCGAAAAGCCACAGAGCAUGAAGGACAGUGUGGAAGCGCUGAAAGAGGCCUUUCGACAGGGUACAGAUGGGUAUGCGCAUGAUACUCAGAUCCUUGGUCACUCGUGGGAUUUCAAAUUAGAAGAUAUCGAUGCCAAGAAUGUCUUCCUAUGGUACGGAGAGGAUGACGACCUUGCGCCUGUUCAUAUGGCUCGGUACUUGCAUGAGCGCCUCAAAGGGAGUGUACUGAAGACUUGGAAGGGCGAGACUCAUUAUACGUUAGCAGAUGAGGAACGUCAGGGGAAAACUAUCAUCAGGAUGCUGGCAGAGGCGGAAUAAUCGGAACCGGAAUAAUCGGAACCAACGUGACGUGUAUGAACAGACUUGUACGAGUACGAUGUAUGUAAGAAUAGUAGUUAUACAUAGAAAAUGGAACUUCG